AAAACUAUUAUGGAACAUAAUGCAAAAUCGUGAUCAUAACCUUAAGCGAAGUAUUAUCAAUUUUGGUACUUAUCUACAUUUUAUUUCUACAGAGUUGUCUUCGGUUUACCCUAAGUGUGUUGAAUUUCUAAAAUUCAAAUAGUUUAUCCACGUCAAUCUAAUUUCAGGUUCUAAAUAAAAUGGCUCCUCGUUAUGAGCUAGCUGUCGGUUUGAAACGUGGUCAUAAAACUACUAAGAUUGAAAGAGUUAAUAAAGUAGGCAAAGAAUUAUCAUCCAAAAGUGAAAAACUUCGCCAAGCCCGUACUAAAGGUAAAUUAACAAAACAUAACAAAUUCAUUAGAGAUGUAGUAAGGGAAGUAAUGGGACAUGCUCCAUUUGAAAAACGUGCAAUGGAAUUGUUGAAAGUUUCUAAGGAUAAACGAGCAUUAAAAUUCUUAAAGCGACGUUUGGGAACACAUAUAAGAGCCAAGAGGAAGCGUGAAGAACUAAGUAACAUUUUAUUACAAAUGAGAAAAGCCCAAGCCACCCACACAAAAUAAUUUCUUCUAUGGUUUAUGUUUAUUAUGUUCAAAAUAAAGAACAUUGACUGUCGAAA